AUGACCAGCGUACUGAAAGGCGGCUUCGGCUCGCCAAAUGGUACGCCAUUACUCGCGACCAACUCCGGCACCGAGUUCGUCAAUACCGUCUGCCCGCUCAAAGGCGCCCUGGAUGGCUACGACAACACGAUACCAUGCAGCAAGCAGAAGAUACACAUCCCACAGAACUUCUGUGAUGCCAUGGCCGUCCGCGAAGAGGUUUACGGUGAGCAAGGUGUACCUCUCGAGGCCGAGUUCGACGAAGACGAUGCCCGCAGCUGGCACUGGGUCGCCUAUGCUUCCGUUGCCACACACGCAACCCACCCACCGAAGAUGAUGCGCCGCUCCGACUCUGGCAACACACCGGCUGACGACGCUCGCCGCGCCUCUGCCACCGCCACCCGCGUUCCCGUUGCGACGAUUCGCCUCAUUCCCCCGCCCCACGGCCCCAACAAGUACGUCGACGAGGGCAAGACGGACAAACAUGCCGAUGCAGACCCACCGGGCGAGGAGCAGGAGAGUAAGCACCCAGCUGAGCCCUACAUCAAGCUUGGCAGACUUGCAGUAUUAGCACCAUACCGCAGUCUCGGCCUCGCUAAACUCCUCGUCAACGCUGCGCUCGACUACGCCAUGAUGAACCCCGACCAAAUCUACCGACCUCUAUCUCCUACCGCUUUGGAGAUGGCGCAGAUCCUGGGCAACAACAAAGAGCGCGAGAUCACCUGGCAAGGCCUUGUUAUGAUCCACGCCCAAGCCAACUUGCAGAGCAUGUGGGAGAAGCACGGCUUCCAUGAGGAACUGAAAAACGACGACGGCGAAGUCGAAAUACUAGCAGAGCCCCACUGGAUCGAGGAAGGCAUCGAGCACGUCGGCAUGUGGAAGAGGCUCCCUGUAGAAAAGCGAAAGAGGUUAUCUCUAUCCUCCCUCGAGUCCUCCUGA